UAUUGAUUGUUAAUUAUCUUUGUCAAAAACUAGUAUUAAAAGUAAUGAAAAAACAUUAAAAAAAGAAGAAGGGUAUUUGUGCAAAUGGACCAUAUCCAGGUGUAGGGUCGGAAUGACAGCAAUAGAAUUACAUAGCCCUCCAGGCCCAGGCAAGCAAAAGAUCAGAGAGUAUAUUUUUUUUUAAUUACAGAAGAGAAUAGAGAAUCAAGAGUUAAGAGGGAGUAAUUUUGAAAAGACAAGUAAGGAAAUGAUGGGGGAUAGUGGCAACCUGCCAAGAUUUAUGUAUUUUGCGGUGCCUUUGAUGGUUCUGUGUUUAUUGCACAAGGGUGAAGCAAUAUGGUUGAGUCUGCCGCCGACUGGUACCAAGUGCGUUUCCGAAGAACUCCAUAAUAACGUCGUCGUUUUGGCAGAUUAUGUUGUCAUCUCCGACGAUCAUGUUCACCCUACCCCCACCAUUUCCGCUAGGGUCACCUCGCCAUAUGGAAAUACUCUUCAUCAUAAGGAGAACGUAACACACAGUCAGUUUGCCUUCACAACUACAGAGGCUGGCAACUACCUAGCAUGUUUUUGGGCUGAUAAUCCAGGAGGUGGGAGUCUCAGUGUAAACAUUGACUGGAAAAAUGGAAUUACUGCCAAGGAUUGGGAAUCAGUUGCCAGAAAAGAGAAGAUAGAGGGUGUUGAGCUUGAGCUGAGAAAGCUUGAAGGAGCUGUGGAAGCCAUUCAUGAAAAUUUGAUUUACCUGAAGACCAGGGAAUCAGAGAUGCGGUCAGUGAGUGAAACGACAAAUGCACGUGUAGCUUGGUUCAGUAUCAUGUCUUUGGGAGUCUGCAUUUUGGCAUCAGUUCUGCAAAUAUUGUACUUGAAGCAAUAUUUCCAAAAGAAAAAGCUAAUUUAGGCCAUCUUUAGGUGAAACUUUUUUCCUGGAUAGCAGAAAGAACCUUAGACUACCAUAUUUUCACUCUUCUUUAACAAUUCAUUUUUUUUUUGGUUAUAUUAGUGGAUCCAGCUUUCAUCGUGUCAUACGACAAAGAUAAGAUUUACUGUCCAGCUUUUUGUGUAUACAAGGACUCAGACAUAAUGCAACAUAACUUGGAGCCAUUUGCUUUUAUUA